AUGAGGAAUGUCAGGGGCCCAUCAACCCCUGACAAAAGACGCUUGGUAAAAAGAGCGUUGGCUAGAAGUAGUAGUGACAUAGUUGCUUUCCAGGAAACGAAGUUGAACAAAGAAAAGGUGAACAACUUCAUUAGUUAUUGCAAGGUUUGGGAAGGCAUCUUCCAAGAAGCAUCAGGGGCCAUUGGUGGGUUGGGAGUUAUCUGGAAUCCUGCUCAGGUCAAAGUUACUCUUAUGGAGAAAACAGAACAUUGGAUGAUAUGCAAUGUUUUCAGUUUUAAGGAGGAAUUGAACUUCCCCCUAAUUAAUGUCUACGGUCUGACAAAAACAUUAGAAAAGUAUGAGGUAUGGCAACCUCUCACAAAAAAAAUGUUGGAAAUUAGAAAUGAUAAGGUAGUAGUGGUUGGCGAUUUCAAUGCCUUGCUCGACUUGGAUGAGAAAAAAGGAGGAUUGAGAAUGUCAAAUAAGAUUAUGGAAGAUUUUAGAGAUUUUGUAAUGCAAAAUCAUUUGAUGGAUGUAGUUCCAAAGAAUGGAACCUUCACAUGGAUGAACAGAAGAGCUAAAUUUGCACAUAUUUCGGAAAGGCUGGAUAGACAUCUUAUUGGUGAAUCUUGGUUGGAGUCGUCUUUUCAGGGCUCCAUACAAGGCAUUGAUGACAAUGGAUGGCCUAUUAAAAAGGUUCAUUUGGGAGGGAUCGAAGGAAGGAAAAAAGAUUUCGUUGAUCAAUUGGGAAACAGUUUGCAUGCUCAAAACGAAAGGCAGAGCGGGUCUGAGAAAGAUGAACUUGUAGAAUUUGGCGUUGGGUGCAAAAUUGGCUUGGAAGAUGUACAAUAG